UAGUUCCAAGUAAAUAGAUGCCCGACACGCCUCGUAAGAUACAGAACGCUUUUAUUGUGUACAGUUAUCAAUUUUAUUUUUCAUUAAUUAAAUUAAGUAAACGCUAGUUGUUUGUGAUAUUUUAAUUAAUAUGUUGCACAAAUCUGCGGCUCUUCGAACGAAGAGUCUGUAUUUGAAGCAUGUUGUUUACUUUUCUUCCGAUAAGAGCGGACGCACAAUAGCAAUACGCAGAGAAGACCAGUCAGUAUGGGAGAGACGGGCGCCGUUUUCGCCCACAAAUGUCAACCGAUUGGUGAGGCAGGGCGUCAGGGUAAUUGUGCAGCCUUCCAAUCGACGAGCCUACCCGAUGCAGUCAUACAUAAACGCAGGAGCGAUAGUCCGGGAAGACAUAAGCGAAGCGAGCGUGAUAUUCGGCGUGAAACAAACGCCCAUCGAUCUCCUCAUUCCCAACAAGACGUACUGCUUCUUUUCACACACCAUCAAAGCCCAGGAGGCUAACAUGCCUAUGUUGGAUGCUAUCUUGAAAAAGAACAUCCGAUUAAUAGACUACGAGAAGCUAAUGGAUGACUCCGGCAACCGAGUGGUAGCGUUCGGCAAAUACGCAGGAGUUGCUGGCAUGAUCAACAUAUUACACGGCAUUGGACUCAGGCUGCUCGCCCUUGGACAUCACACACCAUUCAUGCACAUAGGACCGUCUCACAACUACCGCAACUCGAGCAUGGCGCGUCAGGCCAUCAGAGACGCGGGCUACGAGGUGGCGCUCGGCAUGAUGCCCAAGUCGCUAGGACCUCUCACCUUCGUCUUCACUGGAUCUGGAAAUGUUUCUCAGGGAAGUCAAGAAAUUUUCCAGGAGUUGCCCCACGAAUAUGUUCCACCAGAGAUGUUGAAGAAAGUUGCUGAACAUGGAAGUCCAAACAAAAUCUACGGUUGUGAAGUCCGCCGAAGACAUCACUUGGAAAGGAAAAACGGAGGAGGUUACGAUGCGCAAGAGUACGACGAACAUCCCGAACGAUACAUCUCUACAUUCGCACAAAAGAUAGCACCUUACACAUCGGUCCUAGUGAACUGCAUCUACUGGGCAGUGGGCAGUCCCAAGCUGCUGACCAUCCCAGACGCGAAGCAUUUGUUGUUGCCAUCUCAUACACCGUGGCUGCCCAAGAGUAUCGGAGCACCGGCGUUACCACAUAGAAUGUUGGCCAUCUGUGACAUAUCGGCAGAUCCUGGUGGUUCCAUCGAAUUCAUGAACGAGUGCACUACCAUUGAUACGCCUUUCUGUCUCUACGACGCUGAUAGAAACAAAGAUACAAAGAGUUUCAAAGGGCCCGGCGUACUAGUGUGCUCUAUAGACAACAUGCCGACACAGCUACCGAGGGAGUCCACAGACUUCUUCGGAGAUUUACUUUACCCAUAUGCAGAGGAUAUCAUGAAGUCUGAUGCUACCAAACCUUUGGACGAACACAACUUUUCACCAGUUGUUCAAGGGGCAAUCAUCACAAGCAAUGGCAGAUUGACGCCUCCUUUCGAAUACAUUAACGAUCUGAGAAUGGCUAACACACGGUCUCGUCACAAGGUGGAAGGCAAUGAACAACAGACUCCGGUGCUUAUCCUCGGCAGUGGUCUAGUGUCAGCUCCCGUAGUCGAGUACCUGUCCAGAGACAAGAAUAUUGCUGUUACCAUAGCAUCAGCAGUAAAAGAAGAAGCAGACGCCCUAGCAGAACGUUAUGGAGUAUCUUCAGAAUAUUUAGACGCUAAGAACGAGUCCGCUCUCCGGUCCCUCGCGUCCCGAGCCCGCGUGGUCGUGUCCCUAUUACCGUAUGACCUGCACGGAGACGUGGCGAAGGCCUGCCUCAGUGCCGGUGCUCAUAUGGUCACGGCAUCCUAUGUGAGGCCUGAAGUACAGGAGCUGCAUCAAGCGGCGAAGGACGCUGGCAUAACGUUCCUCAAUGAAGUCGGCUUGGACCCCGGCAUCGACCACUUGCUCGCUCUCGAAUGUAUUCACGACAUACAGAGUCAUGGAGGCAGGAUCGACUCAUUUGUUUCAUACUGCGGAGGUUUGCCUGCACCUGAGUUCAGCGACAAUGCCCUUAGGUAUAAGUUCUCAUGGAAUCCUAGAGGAGUCCUACUCAACACUAUUUCUGCUGCCAAAUAUCUGAGCAAGGGACAGAUAGUAGAAGUGUUAAGUGGAGGAGAACUGAUGUCAGUGGCUCGUGAACUGAACUUCUUGCCUGGCUUCGCGUUCGAAGGUUUCCCCAACAGAGACAGCACCAUCUACUCCAAGCUGUACGGCAUUGAAGACGCACAUACUAUGUUCAGAGGAACUAUCAGAUACAAAGGUUUUGCAGAGAACAUGAUAGCAAUGCAGCUAUUUGGACUAGUCGAUCCCAACCCUCACACAUCUUUACAUCCCGAUGGACCUAAAAUCACAUGGCGUCAAUUCGCCUGUGAAUUACUAGGCCUGGUAGACUCGUCAAUCUUCUUCGAGAACUUGAGAUCAAAAUUAGCGGAACGCAUCGGUCCAGCGGGGGCGCAGUCCUUGGAAUCUUUGGGACUGUUAGAUGAUGUUGAAAUCGUCAAGUGUGGAACACCCUUGGACACAGUCAGCCAUUAUCUUAGCAAGCGGCUACAAUUACAAAAAGACGAAACAGACUUGGUAGUACUUCGUCACGAGUUAGGCGUGACGUGGAGCGACGGCAAGCGCGAGCGCCGCGAGGUCACCAUGGCCGUGCGCGGGGACCCCGCCAAGCACACCGCCAUGGCCUGGACCGUGGGGCUGCCCACUGGCAUCGCUGCUAAGAUGGUGUUGGAUGGUGAAAUCCAAGAGCGCGGCGUAGUUCUACCCUUCGCCCCCGUAGUAUACAAGUCGUUACUAUCCCGCCUGAGAGCCGACGGCAUACACGCCAAGGAGACCACCACUCCUCUUAACUGAACCUCAUUACAUUAAGUUGUUCAACUCAAGGACUUUCGUUUUCUACUGUAAAAUAUAUUACACGAAUAAUGUAUCCCCUUUGAAGUCAGCCAUUUGAUGUCAUUUUCGCCAAGUUCAGGGGACCAAAGUUAUUUGAUGUGAACAUGCAGUGGAGUCAAACUAAAUGUGUUCAACCUAGUCCUGUAAUGCAAUUUAUUAUUCUGUAAAUAAAUCUCUAAUUUUAAGAUUAGAAAUCAUAAAUUAUGUAGUUAAGUGCUAAUUUGAUAAAAUCCUGCUAAUGUUAUGGCGUGUGAUGCUAUGAAUGUGACAGCAUUGUGAGAGAAUUUUAAUCCUAAUAAAAACAAAAUAUUUCAA